UCCUCAGGAGGUUCCAACCCCUGAAUUAGAAAACAGCUGAAGAUUUGUAGUACAUAAUUGCCAUUCAGAAAAAUGUACAAGGAAAGAAAAGUGGUUCCGCCCUGCUGGCAAAUACAGGAACUCAGGGGAAAUGGACUGAAUUAAAAAGGAGAAACUCUUCCUCAGAGAGCGAGAGAGAAGAAGGAGCAACGUGUAGGCUACCAACAGACUACCUGCAGAGCGUUAAACCCCUGAGCCGGACACAAUCAUCAUGUCCUCCAACAAGUACAUUGAGUACCACGGCCUUCACCUGCCCCUCGAGGCGCACAGCAUGGAGAGCUUAGAGUAUGCCCAAAAUUUCUCUGUGGAAGAUACCGACGUGUUUGUUGUGACUUACCCCAAGUCAGGUACAAUCUGGAUGCAGGAGAUCCUCCCACUGGUGCUGAAUGGGGGGGAUCUGACGCCGAUCCAAACCAUUCCUAACUGGGACAGGGUCCCCUGGCUGGAGGAGAAAAGAUUAGCAGUGGUUGUUGAUCAGUUGGCAUCUCCACGGGCGCUGGUCACACAUUUUCCUUACCACCUCAUGCCCCCCUCCUUCCACACCUCCAAAGCCAAGGUGAUCUAUGUCAUAAGGAACCCUAAGGACGUCAUAGUGUCUUCAUACUACUUCCACCAGAUGGCUGGAUUCCUCGAUGAUCCAGGAACCUUUGAUGAGUUCAUCAACAAAUUCCUGGAGGGCAGAGUGAUGUUUGGAAAAUGGACAGACCAUGUGAAGGGCUGGAGACACACAGAGCUGGGAGACAGAAUAAUGUACAUCACGUAUGAAGAAAUGUUGCAGGACCUUCCUGCAGCUCUUGGGCGUAUUUCAGAUUUCCUGGGCCGUCAUCUGAGUGAAGAAACUAUUCAGAAGAUAGCACAGCAUUGCUCCUUCAAGAACAUGAAGGCCAACAACAUGUCCAACUUCAGCCUGGUCCCUAAGGUACACAUGGACCCUGACAAAUCCCCAUUCCUCAGGAAAGAGAUUUGUUGCGUUCACGUGACUGUCUUUGUGUGUGUUUGUUUUUGUGUUAGGUAUUGCGGGGGACUGGAAAAACCAUUUCAGCUCAGAGUUACUGGCCAGAUUCACAUCGGUCAUUCACAAAGAGCUGGGGAGUGACAGCGUCUCUCUGCCAUGGAGCCUGGAUUGACCAACCGCCGGAGCACAGACAGGGAGGGAAAGAGCUGUAGAAAUCAAAUCAGACAUAUCUAACAUGUCAGAAAUUGGUACUAACUGAGUUACUUUUUAAUUUAACUUUUUUAAUUUUAAUACUAGGCAUAUAACUCAAGUAUUUUAUUGACUUUUUACAUUUUUAUAUAACAAAUAACUUCUUUAAAGUUACUGAUUAGAUUAAUGUUUUGUCACUUAAUCAGUCCAGGAUGUAAAUGCAGCAUAUACAAAAGUUCACCCUCUGCAGAGAAUACGUCCCAGCAAUUUCUGCCGACAAGGAAAUGUUACCACAACAGUGAUCAUUUGGAUCCCUCACAACUGUAAUUUAGCUUAUUGCAUCUUUAUGCUCCAGUGCCAUAUAUAUGAUGAAUGAUGCAAAUUGCUGGCUUCUUGCUAGCUUGCAUAAUAUCACUAUGUAAUAUAAUUGUCUCUUAAGGUAGAAAAGCGCUAUAUAAGUGCAUUUAUCAUAUUUGUGUAUGUAAGGGAACAAACUACUUCCUCACAAAUCAAGUGACACUAUGCUUAACAAAAAGGAGUAAAAACAACCCCUGAUGUCAUAUAAAGAGAACUAACAGUGCUUUAGGUUACAGCCUGCAUACCCUGUAGUUACACUGUAACUAAGUGUAACAAGGGGAGAACUACCACCAUAUAUACUGUAACUAUAAAUUCCCUAUCCUCCCAAACGUCCUGAUUAUUGCUCAGCAGGUCGUACAUACCCUGUAAUAAUAGAAAAGGUACCCAGUAGUUAAAAAAUAACUACAGUGUAAGUUCUUUGUAAGCUCCCAAAUCUUCCCCUUUCUUCCAUAACUUGUCAGUAAUCUUGGUCCCCAGUACCUUCAUAGAUCUGUUGGUACAUACUGUGCUGGUAGUGCCGUUAGUACAAAAGAUUACAGAUUACAAAAUGUUCCCAACAGUUUCAGUCUAUCAUUACAUUUUACUCAUAUAUUCAGUUAUACUUGUAGUGGAUUUUAAUCAUACACGUUUACCCUUCAUUGAUGUUUUUUUAAUUACUUAUUGUUGUAUUUUAACAAUUUGAUCGGAUUUUCAUUUAGUUAUUGAUUAAACAUUUUAUUAUUAAUAUUAUGUUGAUUAAACUUUUGAUUCACCAUUAUUGAAUUAUUACAGGACUGAUAUGCAUUCAUUCAAUGUCUCAAAUUGUAUUACUUGUUGCAUGCUUGCUUUGGCCUUAAUUAAAAUAUACUAAAUCAAAA